AUGAGCAGCGGCGGCGGCAGCGGCAGCGGCAGCGGCAUCUCUGAGCCCGAGGGCAUGAAGGACCUAGAUGCUAUCAAGCUCUUUGUGGGGCAGAUCCCCCGGAACCUCGAGGAGAAGGACCUCAAGCCCCUCUUCGAGCAAUUCGGGCAGAUCUACGAGCUGACGGUGCUGAAGGACCGGUACACUGGCAUGCACAAAGGUGCGCCCUUGUGUUUUUAAUCCAUCCUUUUCUCUCUCUCCUUCUGCUUCCUUCUGUUCUCCGCUCGCCUUUCCUCUUCGCUCCUCUCCCUCGCGCAUCCUACUCCCCCCCCGCCUAAUCCAUCCUCCUCAACCUUUUCUUCCCUUUCUACCAAUCUAUCCAUCCCCCCCCCAACUACAUUCUCCAUCCUGUCAUUUUAAUCCAUCCGAUCACUUUCUCCCAUCCUGCAUGCAAUAUUUUCCUCCCUCCCUUAAAAUAAUAAUCUUCAUUCUAUCUGGGCGGGCGGGUGAAGCGGGGGCGGGAAGCGUCUUGCUCAUCGUCUCACCCUUAGCUCUCCACAUCAAGCCUGUUUCUCUCUCCCCUCCCCCCUAUUUUUUUUGCUGCUGCUCUAUAAACCCCUUAUAUAGUUGUGUUUUAUUCCAUCUGCUCUUUAAUGCCGCCACCCCCCUACAGGCUCUCUCUUUCUCAUUCUGCUCCAUUAACCCCCUCCGUGCCUUUCACCAUCGCUCGCCCACCCCCCCCAAUUUCCCUCCCCUUAACCCAUCACCAGAUCAGCCUCCAAGAACAUCUCACUCUGUUCCCAGGCCCACCGCUACCCCGAGCUUCAAGGCUGGUGCUGCCAUUCUCUCACCUUGCCUUGCCUGGACACCUGUGUGUCCCACCUCCUUGCAGGUUAAACUGGGGGGGGGGGAGGUGCUCAUUCAGGGGCCUUGGAGCCUAUACGGCUUCCCUCCCCCCAUCUCCUCUUCAUUGCCUCCUGGUCUCUCCAGACCCCAUUCCCAGACACCUCCCCAUUUCUCUUCCCACACCCUCCAUCCAAACCUCAUCCACCACCAGCACCACCACCCCGUCCUAAAAAUAUAUAUCCAAUUUUCAUAUCAUUUAUGGUGUGUUUUUACCCUGCAGGGACCUUCCCCCAACUCCACCCCCCUCUUUCCUCUACACCCUUUUUGUUUUCUGGAAAAAAGGCUUUUGACAGGAACACUGGGGUGUGGGGCACGACUAUAUCUAUCUAUCUAUCUAUCUAUCUAUCUAUCUGUAUGCAUGCUAUGCUAACCAAAAUGGCUCUUGACCGCUAUCUCUGAGGCUAGACCCUAAAAGCUGCCUGCAAUUGCUCCUCAGUGUUUAAACUUCCAGACGAAAGGUCUUGGAUGCUUUUAACAUUUCAUGGGACAUUGGCAGAUGCAAACCCAUAGUGUGUGUGAGAGAGGGGAGGGCUGUGUGUGUGUGUUUGUGUGUUAUAGUGUGUGUUAUAUGUGCUUGAAAACAAUUCCCCCCCCUGCAAAAAAGGCAUUUAGAUGGGGCUACGUGUGGACAGCACAGUCAGUGGCGAAUCCUGGCCUGUUGCUGCCUCGCGAUGUACGGAAACGGCAAUGUUUUGUUGCAGAUAGUUGAAGGCCUGUGGGCCUAAGCUGGCCCUUAUCUCAGGUGGACCCGCCAAGCACGGUUGGAAUCAUCCCUGACCCUUGACUAUCCCAUGGGGAGGCUGGGGGGGGGGUCGGAGACCAGCGGCAACCUCUGCAAAGCGGCAGGUUCCCCGCCCCAAACUUUCCAGGGGUGAGACUGAAUCGCCUUGUUGGUUUGUGUGAUUCUUUCAAGAGGCACGUGGCCUUGUGCCUGCACCUGCCUGUGGCUGAUUUUUGCAUGACACGCUUUGCGGAGGGCUUAAGUCGGACUGGAAGGGCUUCCGGAAACCACAGGAAAGGACUGAGGUCUUGUGGUCAAAUCUUGUGGGUUUUGCACUGGCCAUUGUGAGAACAGGAUACUAGUCUUGAGAGCCUCAAGGUCCAUAAACAGCAACACCCUAGUGGUCCCGGGCCCUAAGGAAGUUAGAUUAGCCUCAAACAGAGCCAGGGCCUUUUCAACACUGGCUCCGGACUGGUGGAACGCUUUGUCUCAUGAGUCCAGGGCCCUGCAGGAUCUGAUUUCUUUCCACAGGGCUGUAAGACAAAGUUGUUCCGCCUGGCCUUUGGCUUGGAGCCAAUUUAAUUCCCUCCCCCUCUUUUUUCUUUUCCUUUCUCCUCCUGCGAUGAGGCUACAUUUCAAUAUUUUAAUGUUUCAAUAUUUUAAUUUUGAUUUUAGUUGUUUUUAUUAUUGCUUGUUAGCCACCCUGAGCCCGGCCUUGGCUGGGGAGGGCGGGGUAUAAAUAAAAAUUAUUAUUAUUAGUCUAGGUGGGGGCAUUGACCUGAUCCAGCAGGGCCUUCUUCUGUUCUUAUGUGGGCCCAUCCAUCUUAGCACUAUCUACAAAGACUGGCAGGAUGCGGGUGGCGCUGUGGGUUAAACCACAGAGCCUAGGACUUGCCGAUCGGAAGGUCGGCGGUUCGAAUCCCCGCGACGGGGUGAGCUCCCAUUGUUCGGUCACAGAUCCUGCCAACCUAGCAGUUCGAAAGCACUUAAAAGUGCAAGUAGAUAAAUAGGUACCACUCCAGCGGGAAGGUAAACGGCGUUUCCGUGCGCUGCUCUGGUUCACCAGAAGCAGCUUAGUCAUGCUGGCCACAUGACCCGGAAGCUGUACGCCGGCUCCCUCGGCCAAUAAAGCGAGAUAAGGGCCACAACCCCAGAGUCGGUCACAACUGGACCUAACAGUCAGGGUCCCUUUACAAUGACUGGCAGAAGCUCUCCAGGGUGCCUGGGCAGGGGUCUUAUUUCAGCCCUACCUGGAGACACUUGGGAUCGAAACUGGGACCUUUUACAUGCAAAAAACCUGGCGGUUCUUCCCCUAAUAAUAAUGUAAGCUUCCAGUCCUUAUGAUGCAGCAGAAACCCUCAAAACAGUGGGAGCUGCUUUGUACUGCUGAUUGGUCCAUCUAGCUUGGCCAGCAGCAUCUCUGUGGAGUUUCAAAGGGAGCCCUGCCUGGUGAUGUUGAGAGUUGGACCUGAAAAGCAAACAGGUGCCUUGCCAAUGAACUGAACCCCCUUCUCCUUCCCUCCUGGGAGGAAACACGGAAUUAUUUAGCUGGCAUUGUAUGUGGAGGGACGAUUGGAACAUGCCGUUUGGUGGAAGGAGAACGUCUCCUGUUCUCUGUUGGCCACGAGAAUGUCUAAUGGGCUCAAGAGUCAGGAGGAUAGAUUUUGGUUGUGUGUUUGGAAGGAAUGACUCAAUGGCGGCUUUGGCUGGCCAUGGGAAGGAACGACUUUGGCAGGAGGAGUUUGAUGAUGGAGCUGGUGACCCAGUGGGUGGUCUCUCGCUCAUGAAGAGGUCUUCAGGUGGGGGGCUAGACAGCCACUGGUUGGGGGUUCUCAACAUUAUUACGAUGGUCCCUUGGUUCUCAAACUUAAUCCGUUCCGGAAGUCUGUUCCAAAACCAAAGCAUUCCAAAACCGAGGCACACUUUCCCAUAGAAAGUAAUGCAAAACAGAUUAAUCCGUUCCAGACUUUUAAAAACAACCCCUAAAACAGCAAUUUGACAUGAAUUUUACUACUGAACGAGACCAUUGAUCCAUAAAAUGUAAGCAAUAAUCAAUGUACUGUACUGUAAAAUAAAUAAGACAGUAUUGUAGAUGAUAUAUAUAAAAAAAUUCUUACCUGCACUGAUGUUAGUCAUUGUUUGGAUGGGGGGCUUUUAUCCAUUUCCGCAGUCACACAAUCAAUCAAUCAAUCAAUCAAUCAAUUAAGUCAGUAGCUGAACUGGGUUCCACACAGUCACAAAAACAAAUAAACUGAAAAGCCUCAAAACAAAAAUGCAGAAUAAAUAGCAAAAACAAAAGCACCAAACUUAAUCCAUUCUGGAAGUCUGUUUGACUUCCAAAAUGUUCGAAAACCAAGGUGCAGCUUCUGAUUGGCGCAGGAGCCUCGAAAACAAUAGCCGACGGCCGUAUUGGAUGUUCAGCUUCCGAAAAACACUCGAAAACUGGAACACUUACUUCUGGGUUUUCGAUGUUUGAGAACCAAGGCACCACUGGAUGAUGAUGAUGAUGAUGUCUCAAGCUGCGUGGGGAACACAAUUGUUUGAUUCUGCGACCUCACUGGGAGCCCUGAGAGGAUUCUACUGAAGAAGAAACAUAGAGUCUUCUUCAUCCAGGGACAAACCUUCUAUGAAACUAAAGAAGUUCAGUAAUGAUACAGUGGGCCAAAGAUUUUGGAUAUAACAUUCAAUUUGAAGAUUGGGAAAAAUUAUGGAAGGAAAGUUUAAAAUUUACUGCAUGCAUGGGGUUGAAGGAAAAUGUAAGGAAAAUGUUUUACAGAUGGUAUAUCACUCCGGUAAAAUUGGCAAAAAUGUAUAAAACAUGUAAUAAGUGUUGGAAAUGUAAAGAAAAAAGACUGUAAACUUUUCCAGUAUGCACUUACGGCAGCAAGAAUUCUAUUGGCUCAGAAAUGGAAACAAGAGGAAAUACCGACGAUUCAAGAAUGGAGAAUGAAAUUGACUGACUAUGUGGAACUGGACAAACUGACGGGGAAAAUAAGAUAUGCCCGAAACCAAAAGUUCAUCGAGGAUUGGGGGAAAUUUGCAGAUUAUCUGAAAAAUAUAUGUGAGGUGCAAGCAACGCUAGUGAGGUUUCAAGAAGCACUGUAAAAUUUUAAGAGGUAUUGCUGAAAGUAAAUAGAAAAGGAAGGGAAGACAAAUGGCAAUGCAAUUAAAGGAAUGCGUACUGAAGGGUAAAAAUGGAUGAUUACCAGAGAAGUUGAAGGAAGUCCAAAAUUUGUAUUUUGUUAAAAUCAGGUAAAAUUUGGAUAAAAUUGUAUGAUUAUAUUGAAAACUAAUAAACAUUUAUUAAAAAAAAAAGAAACUAAAGAAGCUUAAGCUUGAGGGCCGCACACUGCUUUAAAAAAAUUGCUUUUAAAAAAUGCAUCAUGCACAUAUAUGACAUUUCCCUAAAUUACACCCCCAUAGAAGCAUGGAAGGGACCACAAGGGUCAUCUAGUCCAACUUUCAGCAAUGCAGGAAUAUUUUGCUCAAACCCUUGAGUUCUCCUUCUCUACCAACUGAUCAAACCUCGAAAACUACAAGGCAGAGGGAGUUUUUAUUGUCUCCAGUGGUUUUGGCAUGUGAGAUAAUCCAGUACAACAAUUUUAAUCAAAAUCUGAGAUGUGGUAGCUAAUUAUUAUUUUUUAAAUAAAAAAGUGGCAAUGUGUUGUGGAGCAAACCCACCAAAGAGGAUAACAGUAGUCACCCAGACCUUGUUGCUGGUUGCACAGGGUUUCCCAUGAUCGUUCAAGCUUCAGGGUAACCCCAAAAUGUAGGUCUGCCACUAUCUCCAUCCCCUAUGUCAGGGAUGGGGAACCUUUGACCCGCCCCCAAUGUUGAUGGUCUAUAACUCUCCAUCUUACUGGACGUUGGCCAAGCUGGCUGCUGGGAGUUGGGCUCCCAAAACAUCCAGAGCUCUGCAGGAACCCCAUCUCUCUGCUUUCUCAGGAUCCGAUGAAUUUGUGGAAGACAAGGUCAUUGAUGGCUUUGCUGUGGCUCCACGGUUGGAGGCAGCGAUGCUGUGGAAGGCCAGUUGCUGGACGCAGCAAGAGGGGAGAGUUAAUGUUGUGGUCAGGUCCUCCUUGCGGGGGCACCUGGUUGGCCACUGUGAGAACGAGAUGGGCCACUUGUCUGAUCCAAAAGGCUCUUUUUAUGGGCUUAGGCUCUACAUUCUAUAGAGUCGAUUGCAUUCUGCGUAAACUGGUAAUUGUAUUAAAAUGCACACUUCUUCUUCUUUGGCGAUCCCUCAUAGCCGAGUAAGAUUGUCUUCCAUGAACACGGUCUUAACAGUGAAUCCAUAAGUGACUGUGGAGGCCAAUUCUGGAUCCACACAUCCUUCCACAGUGGGAACAUAGGUUUCCGGACAGGAGUUGAUCCCUGCGAGGGUUUGCCAAACGUGCCUUCCUCUUAGCACGUUUCUCCCUUUCAUCCUGAGUUCUAAUGUCUUCAAAGCCCAUGAUACCUUUGGUAAAGGCUGUUCUCCAACUGGAGUGCUUGCAGGCCAAUGUUUGCCACUUGUCGAUGUUUAUACUACAGUGGUACCUCGGGUUACAUACGCUUCAGGUUACAUACACUUCAGGUUACACACUCCGAUAACCCAGAAAUAGUGCUUCAGGUUAAGAACUUUGCUUCAGGAUAAGAACUGAAAUCGGGCUCCGGCGUUGCGGCAGCAGCAGGAGGCCCCAUUAGCUAAAGUGGUGCUUCGGGUUAAGAACAGUUUCAGGUUAAGAAUGGACCUCCCGAACGAAUUAAGUACUUAACCUGAGGUACCACUGUACAUUUUUUAAGAUUUGCCUUGAGAGAGUCUUUGAACCUCUUUUGUUGACCACCAGCAUUACGCUUUCCAUGUUUAAGUUCGGAAUGGAGUAGUUGCUUUGGCAGACGAUAGUCAGGCAUCCGAACAACAUGGCCAGUCCAACGAAGUUGAUGUUGAAGAAUCAUUGCUUCAACACUUGUGAUCUUUGCUUCUUCUAGUACAUUGGCAUUAGUUCACCUGUCUUCCAAAGUGAUAUGUAAAAAAGCACACACAUUCCCUACAAUGUCUUCACCAGCCUUACCCACCUGUAUUUCAAAACAGGCAUUGCUUGAAAAGACUAGCGAGCAGAGACAAGUAAUCCAGGUUUUAAAAUUGCAAAUGAGGGCUGAAAAGGUGAUUGACCCUUGUUCAGAGGCAGUCUUGAUCACAUCUUCCAGGUGUUUGCUGCUCUCCGGUUUCCAAGAGCCACAAGCAGCUGGCCAGGGAUGAUGGGAACGGAAUGUGGCAACAUCUGGAGAGUCUCUUGCAAAGCAACCCUGUGGAGUAUACCGUAUUUUUUGCACCAUAACACUCACUUUUUUCCUCCUAGAAAGUAAGGGGAAAUGUCUGUGUGUGUUAUGGAGCGAAUGCCUGCGGGUGGCGGGGGGAUCUGCUGCAGUCGUGAGCAGAGGAUCCAUGGUUCCCCUUCCUUCCCUCCUCCGUGGUUACAAAGCAUGGAUCCACAUGGAUCCUCAGGAUUUUUGCAUUGGGCUACUCAAAACUCACUGUCAGAUCACAUGUCUGUGGCCACAGCAUGAACCACAAAAAUCAUAUAUCCACUAUUUCGUUUAGAAUAUUUUUUUUCUUGCUUUCCUCCUCUAAAAACGACGUGCGUGUUAUGGUCUGGUGCGUGUUAUAGAGCGAAAAAUACGGUAUGUCUUGGUGGUUUCUGAGAAAUGGCAUGUGUCCCUCUCUGUGUGUGAGAGAGAGAUAAAGAGGAGUUAUCCAUGCGCACAGCAGCGUCAGAGAAUCUCGCCUUAUAGGCAUUUAAUCCACAUAAUCCAUCCAGAACUAUAUGCAUUAAAAAAAACCAAAAAAAACCCAUUCGUAGGGUGUUUUUGCAAAGCGACUUAAGCAAAGAGCGUGAGCGUCUCCCCAAAAGAGCUUUCAGUCUGUGCUGUGCCGGAGGGAUGGCUACAGGGACGGAAGCAGAGACGACGAUGGUCAUAGGAUCACAGAAGUGUAGAGCUGGGUGGCUUUAUCUAAAAUACUUAAUAGAAAUGCCUCCGGUUUUUUAGUAAAAGUUAUCCCCAUCAUCUUUUUUAAUUCAUCGUAUAUUUCCCCCCCCCCAAUCUUAAUCUUUCCACACGUCCACCACAUGUGGAUCAUGUCACCAUUAUUUCCUCCACAUCUCCAACAAGCAUUCGCCAAAUUUUUAUACAUUCUUGAUAAUUUGGAAGGAGGUACCACCUGUGAGCCAUUUUCAUCAUGUUCUCUCUUCUAUUUUUUUUUUUAAUGAUAUUUAUUAAAGUUUCAGAAAGAAAGAAUCACACCCACACAAAAGAAAAAUUCAAAAAGAAAAAGAAAAAUACACAAUGCAAAAUACAGGAAAAAAAAGAAAAAACAGUUAAAAACAAUUCCAUCUUUCAUCACUACUUUUAGAUUUACUUGUUUCCCGGACCUCCUCAUACCUCCCUCUUUUGUAUUCCAAUUCAGUUUGUUAGUCCAGCAAUUCCUUUAUCCCAAUCCUUAAUCUUAAUAUAAUAUAACAUUAAAUUUUUACCUAUUAAAAACCAAUUUUUCCAUUCUUUUAACCAUUUUAAUCCUAAUCCUUAAUCUUGAUAUAUUUAUAACUUUAAAGCCUGUACAGCUAGAAGCCACUUAAUUUCAAUCCAACAUCACUCUAACAUUCAUAAAUUUUGCAAUAUUUCUGUAAAUAAUCUUUGAAUUUCUUCCAAUCUUCUUCCACCGACUCUUCUCCCUGGUCACGGUCAUCAUGUUCUCCCUGGUCAUCAUGUUCUCUCUUCUAUUAUAGCUGGCUGUAAAUUUCAAAUUUACCUUCCAUAAGUUUUCCCAAUCUUUUAGCAUAAUUGGACGGCCCACAUGGACCUCCUCAUCCAUUACUUUGUAGUCUAAAAGACGUCUAUACAUUUUUGUGAUUAUUUUAGUUUUACUAUUCAGUAAUGCUCUUUCAAAUCUUGAAGGCUUCUUUUCAAAACCUAUCUGCUUAUCCUGUCUGAACAUUUCAAUCACCUGGAAGUCAUCUAGCCAACCCGCUGCAACAAGGAUAUAAUUUUAUUUCCUGCCUCCACCCUAAGGUCCCAGCAAUUAAAGCACAAAAUCGAAAACAGCCUAAAACAAUUUACAAUCCGAGCUUAGCCUCCAAGGGGGUCUGUAGGGAAGGAGGCGGUCUCCUUGGGUAUUUGUGGCCUGAGUCGUCCAGGGCUUUAAAUACUACUGUGAGAACUUUGAAUUGGGCCCAAAAAUGAACUGGCAUUUCUCCUCCCCCCCCCCAAUUUUUAAAUUAACCCCCCCAAUUUUUUUAAACAAACAAACAAACAUCCUAAUUGUAAUUAAACCAAUCUUGGUAACAUUGUUAAGUGACUUCCUCAAAUCCCCCUGGUUGAAUUUUAUUAUAUAUCAUUUUUUUUUUAUUUUUUUCAAAUAAUAUUUAUUCUUUUCAGUAGAUAAACAUAGUAAAGAAAGAAAAGAUUAACAAUAAUAAAGACAAACAAAAAAGAAAAGAAAAAGAGAAAAAAGAAAAAAGAUACAUAUUACCACUUAAUUAAUUAAAAUUAAGUACCAUCCAUCUUCAUAAACAUAGUAUUUGACUCUGGUUUCUCUUCAGAUCGUAUAAAUCUUUCGCCUCAUUAUAUAUCAUUUUAACAGUUUUCCAAAAUCUAUCUUCUCAAAGAAAAAUUAUCUCGAUCACUUAACAUCUUUCAUUCCUUCUAUUCUGGCUUUAAACAUCUUAAUUCCUAUCCUUAACAUAUUUAAAUCCUAGGCCAAUCUCGUAUGAACUGAAUCUCGUAUGAAAUGAACUGGCAUUUCUCUUGGCACACUUCCGGGUCGGAGGAGCACUGGAAAUAGCUUGUGCGCAUGUGCACGGGCCUCCUCCGACCCGGAUGUGCACCGGAAAUAACACUUGCGCAUGCGCAAAUAACGCUUGUGCAUGCGCACAAGCUAUUUCCGGUGCUCCUCCGACCCGGAAGUGGGCAGCCGUGCAGCGCAGCACCAGUAAGAGCGGGUGGCGGGGGUUGCUGAGGGCCGGAUAAAUGAGUCCCUCGGGCCUUAUCCGGCCCACGGGUAUCCAUUUGGGGACCCCUGCCCUAAGGACUUCCUGCUUAGACUACUGCAGUGCUCUGCGUGGGGCUGCCCUUGAAGGCUGUCUCCAGUGCACAGUUGGAGUCAGCCAUGCUUCUGAAUAAGUCUCCAGAAACCACAGGAGGAGAGAGUAGCUCUUGUGCUCGGAUACGUGGGGAUCCAGGGCACAGUCCUUCAAUGGCUGCGCUCGUUUCUCUCUGGUCGGGGACAGAGGGUGGCACUUGGGGGAGAACUGUCAUCGCGCCACUCCCUAGUAUGUGGAGUGCCUCAGGGUGCGAUACUCUCCCCGAUGCUUUUCAACAUCUUUAUGCGCCCCCUCGCCCAGCUUGUCCAGAGUUUUGGGCUGGGCUGCCAUCAGUAUGCUGAUGACACCCAACUCUAUCUGUUGAUGGAUGGCCAUCCUGACUCGGCCCCAGACACACUGAUCAGAUGUUUGGAAGCUGUGGCUGGAUGGUUACGUGGGAGCCGGUUGAAGUUAAAUCCUUCGAAGACAGAGGUCCUCUGGCUGGGACGGGACGAUAUGGGAUUGAGGGGGGGCAACUCCCAUCUCUUGCGGAGGCCCAAUUAGUGCCAGCACCGUCCGUUAAGAGUUUGGGUGUAAUCUUCGACACCUCCCUUUCCAUGGAGGCGCAGAUUGCAGCUACAACAAAGGCAGCAUUUUUUCGUCUCCACCAAGCUAAGCAGUUGUCUCCUUAUCUCUCUCGCCCUGACCUAGCCACUGUGAUCCAUGCGACGGUCACCUCCAGACUGGAUUAUUGUAACUCGCUCUACGUGGGGCUGCCCUUGAGACUGACCCAGAAACUCCAGCGGGUGCAGAAUGCCGCAGCGAGACUCCUUACGGGGUCCUCGCUGCGAGAUCACAUUCACCCGGUGCUAUACCAGCUGCACUGGCUCCCAGUGGAGUGCAGGAUUAAGUUUAAGGUGCUGGUUUUAACCUUUAAAGCCCCAUACGGUCUAGGACCCUCGUACCUACAGGACCGCCUCUCCUGGUAUGUCCCACGGAGGACCUUACGGUCUUCAAACAAAAACAUCUUGGAGGUCCCGGGCCACAGGGAGGUUAGGCUGGCCUCGACCAGACUCAGGGCCUUUUCAGCUGUGGCCCCGAUCUGGUGGAACGCUCUGUCACAAGAGACUAGGGCCCUGCGGGACUUGACAUCUUUCCGCAGGGACUGCAAGACAGAGCUGUUCCACCAGGCCUUUGGCCAAGGCACAGUCUGACUCCCUCCUUCUGCAAUCCUCAUAGCACUCUAGCCCAAUGGUUGCCAUUAAUUUGAUUCUGAAUUGAUUCUAGAAUGAAUUUUAAUUAAUUAACUGUGCGAUUUUAUGUACACUGCUAUUCUUACCUGUUGUUAGCCGCUCUGAGCCCUGUUUUGGCUAGGGAGGGCGGGAUACAAAUAAAAUUAUUAUUAUUAUAAUUAUUAUUAUCUGGAUUCCUAGGUUCUUAGGGGUAUUUGAGAACAGGAUACUGGGCCUUUGCAGAACGUAGUUGGUGAGAAGGGCAGCCUCGUGGGAGACCAUGCCUUGUGUUACCAUAUUUUUCGCUCCAUAAGACGCACCUGACCGUAAGAAGCACCUAGUUUUUAGAGGAGGAAAACAAGAAAAAGAAUAUUCUGAACAAAACAGUGGAUGUAUGAUUUUUGUGGUUCAUGCUGUGACCACAGACAUGUGAUUUGAUGGUGAGUUUGGGGUAGCCCAGUGCAAAAAUCCUGAGGAUCCAUGUGGAUCCAUGCUUUGUAACCACGUAUUUGCGCCAUUGCAGCCCCAGGAAACAGUGGGUGCGUGGUUUUUUUGGUUCAGGCUGUAGCCAUGGACAUGCUAUGUGAUCUGAUGGUGAAUUUCAACACUCCCUUCCCUCUUGUUUGCCUUAGUGUCUUUUCCUUAGCUGGAGCAGUUUUUUGCUCCUCCUUUUCUUCUAAUUUCUCUCCUCAUUGAUUUAGUCUCCUCUCCUUGCAGGUUUGCUGUCUUUACCUCCCCCCUCCCAGGCAGCCUCCUUUAUGGCCAGCGUCCCUUAUCUCGCUUCCGAUCGCUUGCUGAUCAGCGGUUUUGUUUCAACACCCUCUUCUCUCUUUCAUUUUAAAAACAAAAGCAUGAUCUGCUUUCUGCCCCUGGGCAAUUCGGCUCCAGGGACCACACAUUUGCUCCAUAAGACACACAGACAUUUCCCCUUACUUUUUAGGAAGAAAAAAGUGCGCCUUAUUGAGUGAAAAAUACAGUAUCUGCCAGUUCAAGGCAUUCGUACCAGUGUAUGAAGCUCUAAAUGGCUUGGGACCCAAAUAUUUUCCCUGUAUCAACCGCCUCAGGCCCCCUGAUAGGCAGGGAUGAUGAGAUCCAGUUGGCUGCUGCCCAAUUGGCAUUGACCCAUGACAGGGCUUUUUUUGGUGGUUUUUUCUCAUUUGGGGAAUGCCCUCCCUCGUGAGGUGUGCCACCCUCCCUCGCUAUUGGCUUUCAGGAGGAAUUUAAGAACAUUCCUGUUUAGGGAAGUUUUUAAUGUGUGACAUUUUAAUGUAUUUUUUAUCUUUGUUGGAAGCCACCCAGAGUGGCUGGGGAAGCCCAACCAGAUGGGCGGGGUACAAAUAAAUUAUUAUUAUUAUUAUUAUUAUUAUUAAUUAUUCAGGAGAGAGGAAAGGUACAGUCCUGGCCUAAUCCUGCCACUAUCCCUAACUAGGGAUGGAAGAAUAUGUUCGUUUCGACUCUCUCCAUUUCUUCUCUUCAUUUUGCAGCAAUUUGAGAUUUAAAAGAUUUUAUUUUUAAAGAAUCCUCAUGAAAAUUCAUCAGCAUCCUAGAGCAGAUUUCUCCUAACAAACACAUUUUUAAUAUGCCGUUUUGACCAGUGCAUCCAUUUCCGGCAAGUGGUUUAUCUUUGACAGAACACAUUUUUGAUUUUUUAACAAUCAAAACGACAAACGUCGCUUUUCCAAAAUAGGAGCUAUAAAACACUAAAACUGGAAUUUCCUCAACGUCAGCAUGCAGAGUAACUGAUUUGAGUGUUAAGCCAACAUUACAUACAAAAUCAUAAAUGCAAAUAAUAUAUACUAAAUCACAAGACAAAUAAAAAAAAUGAAUUUGGAUUGUUAGCUUCACUGACAUCUCCAUGUUCAGGCACAUUUCCCCAUAACAGAUGCAUUAUUAUUUAUUAUUAUUAUUAUUGAAGAAUGGAGAAGGAAAUUGACCGAAUAUGCAGAAUUGGACAAAUUGACUGGGAAGAUUCGAUACCAGAAAGACCAAAAGUUUAUCAAGGACUGGGGGAAAUUUACAGAAUAUCUGAAAAAUAUAUGUGAUGUACAGACAACGCUUGUUGGUUUUGAAGAGACUCUGUGAAAUAGUAAGAAAUACUGCAAAAAAGAGAGUAAGAGGAAAAGGAGUGGGGAAAGGCAAUAUUAUGUUUAGAAAGGCGUCAAUAAAUAGAAAUUUUUCGAAAGAUUGACAGAGAAACUGAGGGAAGUCAAAAAUUGAAGCAUGAGUGUAAAACAAUUUGUUGACUGUAUAAAACUUGUUUGGAAAAUGAAUAAAAAUUAUUUUUUAAAAAAUAUUAUUAUUAUUAUUAUUAUUAUUAUUAUUAUUAUUAUUAUUAUUAUUAUUUUCUAAAUGCUACAUGGCUGGAAAACAGUGUUGCCAAAUUUUGGAGAAAUGCAGCUUUCAAAGGAAGAGUUCGCAGACCGUUUUGGAUAAUGCAAACCGGAUUGAUUCAAGCGCUUACUGGAUUUAUUUGUUUGUUGCGUCUCCAAACCACCUUUUCCUCCAAGGAGCUCAAAGUGGUGCCCACAAUACUGCCCCCCCUCUCCAUUCCAUCCUCAAACCAACCCUGCAAGGUCAGUUAAGGCUGAGGGCAGUUGUCCAGGGAGCUUCGUGGCUGAGCGGGGAUUCGAACCCAGACCUUCAUCCUAUGCUCUUAACUGUUCCGCCGCACUGGCUCAUCCCUCUUCCUGACCCAGCCGGGGCUGAGGAGAGCCGGGGUCCUGGCGGCACAAACUACGGACCUCCCAAUCUGUCCUGUGGAGACGCUUGAAAAGGGGCCAGUAUCUCAGCCGUGGGCUGCCUGCCCGGGCCUGGAGUUGGUUCUGCUGAGGACAUGGCGCCACGCUACGUGGUGGGUUGAACGUGGCUCAGUUCCGCAUUGGGGGGAGUUGGGGCAAGGAGAAGUAUGAGUAAUUUCCCCUCUAGUGAAAUCCUCUGCGCGGUUCGUGGCUUUUUCCUCGUUGCUGCUUCACUUUCUCUCCCGCCCUCUCUUGACUUUGGAGCAUUUAAAAAUGUCAGGGAGGGCUAAGUGCAGUACAGUGGUAUCUCGGGUUAAGAACUUAAUUGGUUCCGGAGGUCCGUUCCGAACCUGAAACUGUUCUUAACCUGAAGCACCACUUUAGCUAAUGGGGCCUCCCGCUGCUGCCACGCGAUUUCUGUUCUCAUCCUGAAGCAAAGUUCUGAAUCCGAGCUACUAUUUCUGGGUUAGCGGAGUCUGUAACCUGAAGCGUCUGUAACCUGAAGCGUCUGUAACCCAAGGUACCACUGUCAAAGCAAAAUCGUACCCAAUCAAACAAGGUUCAGUAACGCAAUCAUCAAAAUUAUUAGAAUACAGCGGUACCUCGGGUUAAGAACUUAAUUGGUUCCGGAGGUCCGUUCCAAACCUGAAACUGUUCUUAACCUGAAGCACCGCUUUAGCUAAUGGGGCCUCCCGCUGCUGCCACGCGAUUUCUGUUCUCAUCCUAAAGCAAAGUUCUGAAUCCGAGGUCCUAUUUCUCGGUUAGCGGAGUCUGUAACCUGAAGCGUCUGUUACUUGAAGCGUCUGUAACCUGAGCUACCACUGUACAGGUUAGGGCAGAGACCCAGAGGCUCCAGCUAAAAAAUGUAGGCUUUUUAUUUUUUAUAGCAUUGGGAACAAUCUCAGAGGGGAUCCGGUCCAUCUCCCUGCUGCAUGUGGGAUCUGCGACUGUGUCCCUGAACCGAGGGCCAGUCAGCCUCCCCCUGCAAAGGAGAGUGGGUCCAGCCUGCCCAAACAAACUUGGCUUAACGCUCAGCUGAAAUCUGCUAAACUUAUGUGCCUUUUUGGACGUUGUUCCAUCACCCCUGGCCAUUGGCUGAUGGGGACUGGAGGCCAGCAACAUCUGGGAGGCCAAAGAUUCCCCACGCUUUUGGAGUUCAGCCAAGCCGUUUUCUUUGAACACAACAACCGCCCUUGCGAGGUAGGCCUGCGGAUGAUGCCCGCCACUGCCGUGCGCUGUUUGACCUCGGCAAAAGUCCGUUCAAUCUCACGACGGCCCUCUGGGGCAAGGUAGGGCUGAGAGAGAGAGAACUGUCCCGAGCCAACUUCUUGGAUGAGCGGGGAUUCGAAUCUGUGUCCCACCAGCUCUAGCCUGAUGCUCUUAACCAAUGUGACCCCCUAGGUGUUGCUGGAUGUCCACCGUCCUUGCUGCCAGGCAUGGAAGACCCCAAUUGCAACUGGAGAGUUGUCUCUGCUCUCAUCAUCAUCAUCAUCAUUUUUAUUCGACCGUCAGUCAGAAAAAAGUACAUUUUGUCAAUACACAGUUAGAAACAUCCAGGAAGAUUUUAAAACUUAGCCAACACUAAAAUGGGCUAAACAGAUAGCCCCAUAUCAAUACAGUCAAUUAUAGUCUUGCGACGCUUAAAAGCUAAGAAGAGAAAUUUGGCCACCAAGGAAGGUAUAGCUCUAGUGGCGUUAUUCAGCAAGUGUAAAACCUGGUUUUCUCCGGGUAGGAAGCUGAAUUGACAUAGGAGUGGGUCUAUAAAAUGUUGUCUAAGCUCUACAUAGGAAGGGCAAGUCAAGAGAAUGUGUUCGGUGGACUCAACCACCCCCAUGGCACAAUGACAAGUUCUCUGGGCGUAUGGUACUCCCCUGUACCUUCCCCACAAUAUCGCAGAGUCAAGGACAUUUAAUCUAGCCGCUGUAAGAAGUCUACGGUAUUCCACAUAGUGGAUUUCUGCAAGGUAGGGGGCUGGUAUGGUCCGAUAAAUCUGGUCCCCUAGGAACAUCCCUGGUUUUACCUGGGCUAUGUCCUCUUGUCUGGCAAUGUCACUCAGUCUCCAGGAGAUCACAGCUCUAGCUUGAUUGUACGUCAUGGACUCAAAGUAAAGGAGAGGUAAUCCUCAGGAUUGGACCUCAUUAAUGACCUCCCUUUCCCACGAUGAUUGGAAAUCGUCCCUCAAUAUCAAGGGGGCAAUGCCCACUGGUUUAAAACAAAGCUUGAGCCAUAGCCAGAGCUUCGUCUUCAAGGCCACAUACCGUAGAGCUUGCCAGCCGACCUCUAAUCUCAUAACCGCACCCGCUACCGAGGGGGGAAUCCUAAGGAUGGCUCUAAGGAAUCGCGUUUGGAUAGAAUCCAGUUUCAAAAAAUCCCUACGGGAGCCUAAAGAGAUGCCCACCAAAAGAAGGGGGAGGACUUUCAUCUGAAAGAGUCUCAAAGCUGUCUUGAUUGAUUGAGCCUGAUUCUUAGCAUAUCUCUUAGCAUGUCUCUGCUCUGAGUCCUGUGCUCGCAGGCUCUCCUGGGCUCCCGAGCUGGGAUUUAGCUGGCGAGUCUUGCUUCGCAGGGUUGUUGUAGUUGUAAUAAACGGAAAUCUGCCCUUCUUCCCUUAUGGGGGACACAAGAGCCCUUAUUUAUUUAUUUUUAUAUAAAAUAUUUAUUAGGAUUUUACAAUAAACAUAGGUUUAAAAGAAUUUAAAAAAAUUAAACCGAAGAUUACACAUAAACAGGAAAAGAAAAAAGGUAACAAGAAUAAUACCAAAAAAACACACAAGGACCGAAAAGAGAAAAGGGAAAAUACAAAAUACAAAAAAACAGAUGGGUAAAAAAGAAAAAGAGAGAAGGAGAAAAAAAAGAAUUUAAAAAAGAAAAAAUCCAUUUUUCAAUAUCUUUAGGCUCAUUUACUUAUUUCCUUGACCUCCUCACACCUCCCCUUUUUGUAUUCCCGUUUACAAAAUCCUUUCAGCAAAUCCUUACCCUCUUUCAUUUAUCUUUACUCUAUAUCUUAACCUAUUAUAACUAUAUAUUUUCAUCAUAUAACAAUCUAUAUUUGCAUAUUCUUAUUAACCUUAUUACCAAAACCACUUAUUUCCAUUCCAACAUCAUUUUAACAUUCAUUAAUUUUACAGUAUUUCUGCAAAUAGUCUUUAAAUUUCUUCCAAUCUUCUUCCACCGACUCUUCUCCCUGGUCACGGAUUCUGCCAGUCAUUUCCGCCAAUUCCAUAUAGUCCAUCACCUUCAUCUGCCACUCUUCCAGGGUGGGUAAAUCUUGUGUGUUCCAAUACUUUGCAAUAAGUAUUCUUGCUGCUGUUGUUGCAUAUAUAAAGAAAGUUCUAUCCUUCUUUGGCACCAAUUGUCCGACUAUGCCCAGGAGAAAGGCCUCUGGUUUCUUCAAGAAAGUGUAUUUAAAUACCAUUUUUAAUUCAUUAUAAAUCAUCUCCCAGAAAGCCUUAAUCCUUGGGCACGUCCACCAAAGGUGAAAGAAUGUACCUUCAGUUUCUUUACAUUUCCAACAUUUAUUGUCGGGCAAGUGAUAGAUUUUUGCAAGCUUGACUGGGGUCAUGUACCACCUGUAUAUCAUUUUCAUAAUAUUCUCUCUUAAAGCAUUACAUGCCGUGAAUUUCAUACCUGUGGUCCACAACUGUUCCCAGUCAGCAAACAUAAUGUUAUGUCCAACGUCCUGUGCCCAUUUAAUCAUAGCAGAUUUCACCGUCUCGUCCUGAGUGUUCCAUUUUAACAGCAAGUUAUACAUUCUUGAAAGUAUCUUUGUUUUAGGAUCUAACAGUUCUGUUUCCAACUUUGAUUUUUCCACCUGGAAGCCAUUUUUUUAAUCUAAAUUAUAAGCCUCUCUUAUUUGAUAAUAAUGAAGCCAGUCUCACACCACAAGAGCCCUUAUAAAGUCCUUUGCAGGUUCUCCAUCGGUCAGAGAAAAUAACAGAGGCCAACCAGAGAAUAUUGAGAAGCAAAGCAGCUCCUAAGCCUGAUCUUUAUUGAACUGUUGCAACAGGGUGCUCCUCUCACCCGCAGGAGAAGGAGGAGGACCCAGAACCGAGGUGUGCCUUCCCUUAUAUAGACAUUUUAAAUUCCCUGCCCUGGAGUCCAAGACCAUCCCCAGACACUUCAUACCUACACCACACGUCACAGAAAGGGCGGUCUACAACAGAAAUCUGAGUGCGUUGUUUACCUCCUGUCUAGCGGGUUACCUGUUAAUGCUUACUUGAUUGGAUACCCUGGGGAGCCUGGCUAGUCUUUUGUAAUGACAAAUACUUCGUUCCUGAGCCAGGUCACAGCUCACCCUAGUCAUACACAGACAUACCCUUAAGACAGGAUUUGUGAGCAAAAAGACAACAGGGAGGCUCCCCACCUCCUCCCUCCUUGCAGAGAAAACAUUUGGUCAGCUUGGAAGUGAAAAUGGUUUCAGGGCAGUCCUCCUGUUCUGCUCCAGACCUGUGGUCCACACAUCUAUGUAUGCGCUUGGUUGGUACAUUUGUGAACAUUUAUUAUAUUUAUAAGACCUUAAAUUUUUUAUUUCAUAGUACAGGCUUCCUUGGGUGGUGCUGUGGGUUAAACCACAGAGCCUAGGGCUUGCUGAUUGGAAGGUCGGCGGUUCAAAUCCCCGCAAUGGGGUGAGCUCCCGUUGCUUGGUCCCAGCUGCUGCCCACCAAGCAGUUCAAAAGCACGUCAAAGUGCAAGUAGAUAAAUAGGUACCACUCCGGCGGGAAGGUAGACGGCGUUUCCGUGCGCUGCUCUGGUUCGCCAGAAGCGGCUUAGUCAUGCUGGCCACAUGACCCGGAAGCUGUACGCUGGCUCCCUCGGCCAGUAAAGUGAGAUGAGCGCCGUAACCCCAGAAUCUUUCACGACUGGACCUAAUGGUCAGGGGUCUUUUUACCUUUACAAGCUUCCUCAGCCUUGGCCCUCCAUAUGUUUUUGACCUACAACUCCCAUGAUCCCUAGCAAGCAGGACUAGGGGUCAGGGAUGAUGGGAAUUGUAGUCUCAAAACAUCUGGAGGGUCGAGGUUGAGGAAGCCUGUUGUUGUAGAUGAGCCUUGAUUUAAGCCCAAAUGAGGUACGUAGAAUACUGUGGAUCCCUGCCCCUCUCCUUUUCUUUUUCCCUUGGGGUUGCUUGAAGCCUCUCCUCCUGCCUUGCCUGUUCCAGCUGGUGAGUGGGCAGCAGGCGCCCAGAUGGUGCCAAGCACAGGGAACCGGGAGGGGGGAAAAACCUGUUUCACUCCUCGUGUCUGCAAACUGUCCUUGUUCAGGAAAUGGUGAGGGUGCAAGGAGGGAGGAAUGAGAAGUGUGGAUGGAACGGGUGAGGUGGAGAUCCUUUCCCCACCAUUUUAUUUUAUCCCUGAGUCGGAGAGAUCGGAAACGGACAGGGUGGCAAUGGCUGCUUUCUCCCCCAAAAAAACUUCUUAUGAGAUGUGUUGCAAACCUCUUUGCAGGAGGUUUGUGCAGAAUACGGUUCUCAGCGGCCACUAGGCGUGCUGGCUGUGGCCUCUUAGGUAUACAGUGGUACCUCGGGUUACAUACGCUUCAGGUUACAGACUCCGCUAACCCAGAAAUAGUGCUUCAGGUUAAGAACUUUGCUUCAGGAUGAGAACAGAAAUUGUGCUUCAGCGGCGCGGAGGCAGCAGGAGGCCCCAUAGGCUAAAGUGGUGCUUCAGGUUAAGAACAGUUUCAGGUUAAGAACGGACCUCUGGAACGAAUUAAGUACUUAACCUGAGGUACCACUGUAAAAGGUAAAGGUAAAGGGACCCCUGACUGUUAGGUCCAGCAGUGACCGACUCUGGGGUUGCAACACUCAUCUUGCUUGUGGCCCAUGGGACUUAGGUUGCUGACCCCUGUCUUAAACAAUAGCAAACACAGAAAAUAAAGAGCCCACUUGUGAUAUAUUGGUGGCUCACUGCUCAUUUCUUCUAUUUUCCAAAAUAUAUUUUAUCUUGAACAAUUGCAAACGCAGUAAUAAAGACAGCAUAAAGGUAAAGGGACCCCUGACCAUUAUGUCCAGUUGUGGCCGACUCUGGGGUUGCGGCGAUCAUCUCGCUUUAUUGGCCGAGGGAGCCGGCGUACAGCUUCCGGGUCAUGUGGCCAGCAUGACUAAGCCGCUUCUGGCGAACCAGAGCAGCGCACGGAAACGCCGUUUACCUUCCCGCCGGAGUGGUACCUAUUUAUCUGCUUGCACUUUGACGUGCUUUCGAACUGCGAGGUUGGCAGGAGCAGGGACCGAGCAACGGGAGCUCACCCCGUCGCGGGGAUUCGAACCGCCGACCUUCUGAUCGGCAAGUCCAAGAGGCUCUGUGGUUUAGACCACAGCACCACCCGCGUCCCUCUUACUCUUAGGUAUAGUUGGUAUAAUUGACACUGAAAUGUGUAUUGGUGAAAAGGUUUUAACAAGGCCGUGUUAAAAGGAAAACCCUGGGAAAAUCCACUGAACAGCAAGAGCAGCUGUCCCUGAACUUUAACUGGUUGUUGUUGUUCUCUAGCUAGCUAACAAGUGAGCGAGUGAUGUUAAAUUAGGGGAUUAAGGUUCUCAAUUGCGUAUUGCCAUUUUGGAAGGGAGCUGUUCUUAGUAAAUGAAGCUCUCUGAGUAAAUGGCCUAAGGCUGGGUGCAGGUUGUGGGGAGAGAGACAGACCUCUGCUUAUGUCUGUUUGAAUUUUUAAAAAUAUAUUCGAAGAUACUGAGCCUGCGCUGGACGGCUUAAGAUACUGUAUGAAUAUUUUUGGAUGCAUCGUUUGAUGUUUCUGGUUUGUUUCGGAGAAAGCUCUGCAAGUAAAAUGUUGAAUAAUAUUAUUUAUUUAUUUAUUAACUUUAUUCCAAAACUGAAAAAGAAUUGCCAUCAUCAAAUUCAAAACCCAUAUUCGUUUUGUAACAUAGGCCUAUUACAUAGUUGACUUGAUAAAAAUAUACCUAAUUGCUAUAGUCUUCCCUUUGCUAUACAGUGGUACCUCAGGUUACAUACGCUUCAGGUUACAGGCGCUUCAGGUUACAGAAUCCGCUAACCCAGAAAUAUUACCUCGGGUUAAGAACUUUGCUUCAGGAUGAGAACAGAAAUUGCGCAGCGGCAGCAGGAGGCCCCAUUGGCUAAAGUGGUGCUUCAGGUUAAGAACAGUUUCAGGUUAAGAACAGACCUCCAGAACGAAUUAAGUACUUAACUUGAGGUACCACUGUAUAUAAAUGCAACACAAUUAGAAAUAUUAUAUUAGAAUUUUUUAUAAAUUCCCCUAUACCCCCCUCUCCCAUGUGUGAUCUCAAUAAUAUUAUUAUUUUACUUCUUCCAUCUUGUUGUGUUGUUUUAGUUUAAUAAUAAUUCGAUUGAUUCUUUUAUUAUUUCCUUGCUUAAAGGUAAAGGGACUCCUGACCAUUAGGUCCAGUCGUGGCCGACUCUGGGGUUGCGGCGCUCAUCUCGCUUUAUUGGCCGAGGGAGCCGGCAUUCAGCUUCCGGGUCAUGUGGCCAGCAUGACUAAGCUGCUUCUGGCGAACCAGAGCAGUGCACGGAAACGCUGUUUACCUUCCCACCGGAGUGGUACCUAUUUAUCUACUUGCACUUUGAUGUGCUUUCGGACUGUUAGGUUGGCAGGAGCAGGGACCGAGCAACGGGAGCUCACCCCAUUGCGGGGAUUCGAACCGCUGACCUUCCGAUCGGCAAGCCCUAGGCUCUGUGGUUUAACCCACAGCGCCACCUGUGUCCGUGCACGUUUUACACAUUAUCUAUUAAUAAUGUUGAAUAAUGUUUAUUUAUGGGCCUGGACAAUGUUUUUCCCCCAAAGAGAGUCCUUUCUUAUGCUUCCAGUCAUUUCCAACGGUGCAAUAUUGAUGUCUGCCGUCAUUCUCUGCCAAAAGGAGCAUGCUUUUGAACGCCAGUGGAGAGAGUUGAUGUCAUGCUCAGUUUGCGGGUUUCCCUUUGGGGCAUGUGGCUGGCCACUGUGAGGGCAAAAUGGGUUCCCUUUGGCCUGAUCCAUGUUCUUCCGGUGCUCUUAGGCUCGUGGACAGAUCAGUGGCUACUGAUCGCAAUGACCAUCUUCUCCCUCCCUCCCUCUCCCUCCCUACACACAAUAUAUCUCUGUAUCAUCAUUUGAGCCUAUUCUGGCACUCAUAUCCCCCAUUAGGUAAAAUGGCGAUCCGGGGUACUCAAUUUGUAGGGAAUAAAGGAAACUAUGGAAUUUACGCCAUGUGCUCUCUAUCUGUGUUUGCACUGUAUAUGGUGGGAUAUAAGCUAAAACAAGAAUGAUACUCUUGGAUUCCAGAUGCAAAGUGAUCCCCAGUGCCAGCUGCUCGAAAACUGAGCGCUCAGAAACCUGCGACGCCAACUGAGUGGAAACCAGACGUACUAGGCCCCCCCCCCUCGGUCGUCCCCUUCCGAGCGGUUUAGCGGCCUUGAUUUCAUAGGCGUGGUAACCGUCGAGAACUAUGUUGUCAGUUGCCAAAGUUUCCUGCAGCUGGAUUCCUGCAGUUGGGUCUCUGGACCGUAAUAAAGAUUGUUGUUGUUGUAUCACCCGUUCCACCCUUGGAACUACCUGCAACUGGAUUGGAAUUGGGCCUCACCAUCUUGCACUUCUGACUAGUCUUGGCAUCAUAACCCUUCUGACUAUCAGGAAGUCUCACACCUGGCUUUCUUGGGGCAUGAUCCCUAGCCUCGUUCCUCUCUAAGGAAUCAGUGUCGACACACACGGCCUCUGGACGUGGUCCAGAUUCCUUCUCCACGGAAACAGUGUCAACCCUUACAGCCUUUGGGCGUGGUUUCCCGUCCUUUGAGGACAAACCCUGUACCCCUUUCAAGACUCUGGGUUCCAAGACCUGUGUCGAGCCACUAGGUAAAGAUAAAGGGACCCCUGACCAUUAGGUCCAGUCGUGACCGACUCUGGGGUUGCGGUGCUCAUCUCGCUUUACUGGCCGAGGGAGCCGGCGUACAGCUUCCAGGUCAUGUGGCCAGCAGGACUAAGCCGCUUCUGGCGAACCAGAGCAGCGCACGGAAACGCCGUUUACCUUCCCGUCGGAGUGGUACCUAUUUAUCUACUUGCACUUUGACAUGCUUUCGAACUGCUAGGUUGGCAGGAGCAGGGACCGAGCAACGGGAGCUCACCCCGUCGCGGGGAUAUGAACCGCCGACCUUCUGAUCGGCAAGUCCUAGGCUCUGUGGUUUAACCCACAGCGCCACCUGCAUCCCUAGAGACGCCUUAUACUGCGUUUAAAACCAAAAUCGCGUUUGGAUAGAAACUGUUUCUCAGGCGGCUAGUCCUAGUCUUUAUAACCCUGUACCUUCUUCCAGAAGGCAGAAGCUGAAAGAGAUCAUUUCCGGGGUGCGAACUAUCCUGCAUUUUUCAACUUCAAUGGAUUUUGUAUGGGGACUGAUUUGUAAGUCCAGGGACUGUCCCCGGGAAAUGGGGACAUCUGGUAACCUUAAGCGAGCACCUCAGCGGAACAAAGCAAGGUGUGUUCACCUGGGAUUCCUUUGGCCUGUCUUGGCUCCACUCCACAUUCAGGAUCUGGCCCUCUCUUCCUCGUCCUUUUCUGUCUCUUGGGGGAAGGAGUGGCUGGAUUCAGAAAUAUAUUCUGUAGAUUCCUGAUCUCCGCACGUAUUAUUUCUCCCUUCCUCUCCGCUGAAGGCUAAAAAUAAUCACAAGAGCGAGAUGAUGUGUACGGAUUUCGCCCCCCUCCCCUUGCCUGCUCCUCUCCCUGUGUGGUUGCAGAUGCAAACUUACGAUUAAAAACACACACCCGAUCAACCAGCUUGUUUGACGCGCCAUGGCUCUGGGGCCCUAUUAAUUAGAAUUAAAAAUUUAAACCACUGUGCCGUGGGCGUCUCCGUGGUACAAAGGUUAAAUGGAGGGGCCGUGUGCAGUGAGUGCCGGCGAGCACAAGUGCUUCUGCUGUUGUUGGCGAGUUCCAGUCCUCGCUCGUGAUGUUAGCUGUGGGCAGAUAAGCACAGAGCCUCCUGGUGCAGUAGCAGUCUACCCCGGUUGCCAGUUGGAGGAGGCAAAUGGCAAGGAAGGCCUUUCAAAAAGUGCCAGGAGAGACGGAAUUCACAUUUUACUGCUGCUUUUUCCUGUUCAUUGUGGUUGAUGCCCUUGCCUUUUGCAGAAGAGGUUGGCAUCAAUGUUCUAGCAUUACGAAAGAGGAAGGAAACCAUUUGUCUGCUUUUUCCAUGCCCAGUUCACCUCUUACAGUACUUGCCUUUUCUCUAACUAAGAAGUCUCAAAAAACACAGCAACCUUUCUUCACAAGUCUGCUGCUCCACUCCCUUGAUAAUUUUGGUUGUCCAUUUCUGACUCCACAUUAUCCUUUUCAAGGGGUGGCGACCAGAACUGUACACUGUUGAAGGAGUGUCUCUACCCCCAUCGUUCCACCCGGACACUGAGUUCCAGCGCCGAGGGCCUUCUGGCGGUUCCCUGGCUGCGAGAAGCCAAGUUACAGGGAACCAGGCAGAGGGCCUUCUUGGUAGUGGCACCCGCCCUGUGGAUCACCCUCCCACCAGAUGUCAAAGAGAACAACAACUACCAGACUUUUAGACUACAUCUGAAGGCAGCCCUGUUUAGGGAAGCUUUUAAUGUUUGAUGGAUUACAGUAUUUUAAUAUUUUGUUGGAGGCCGCCCAGAGUGGGCAGGGUAUAAAUAAAUUAUUAUUAUUAUUAUUUAUUUUACAUGGCAUUCCAAACAUGGUCGCACCACAGAUCUGUAUUAUGAUAUUGGCAAUUUUAUUUUAAACCUCUUUCCUUUUUUUAUUUAUUUAACUUUAUUUGGCAGACAACAUUAAAUUACACAUCAUCCCACAUCACACCAUAAUAUACUACAGAAUACAACAACACACAACUAUACACAACUAUACAGUAUAUACAUCACCAAUCAUUACUUUUAUCUAUUACUACUUUACAGAACAGGGAAAAAAGAAGAAGAAAAGAAAGAAAAUUAACAGAAAAUAAAGUUGACUUUCGAUUCAACCCAUUGUACUAUCACUUAUUUUGAUUGUUUUACACACAGCAUCAUACUGUUAUUUUGUUUUCCUAAUUCUUAUCCAAAGUACACGAUUAUUUAUCACAUUCGUCUUACAAGAAUCAGUCAAAGGUCUGCCAGGAGAUUUUUGUCGUCACAGUAAUUUUUCAAGUAAUCUUUAAAUAUUUCCCAUUCUUUAUGUACCUUCUGCGUCGGAUAUCCUCUGAUUCUCCCUGUCAUCAUGGCCAACUGUAAAUAUUCUAUCGUUUGCACCUGCCAUUCAAUUAUUGUAGGAGUCUUUUCGCUUUUCCAGUUCCUUGCUACCAUAUUUUAAACCCCUUUCCGAAUGAUCGCUAGCCUGGAACUUGCCUUUUAAAUUUUUUUACAGCUGCUGCUUUGCCUUCCCACAGCUCACCUUGUGUUCUUAAACCACUUAAUCUCCCCACUUGGCCCUGUACUUCUCCCACAGGAAAUGUGACAAGGUGACAGGAUUGCUGUGUGUGCUCUUGCUAAAAAAUGUGCAUGAAAUUGGUGUGUGUGUGUGUGUGUGUGUGUGUGUGUGUAUUUGAGUGGGGCAGAGAAGGGAGUGAGACCCUUUAAUGUAACAGCGCAUGAAGUACAUUUGGUGCAUUCAUGCGUAUAAGCGUGCAUUCUGCACAUACAUGUUCACGCGUUUGAUACCAGUGCACGCCCUCUCCGUUUCAGGUUGCGCCUUCCUUACGUACUGCGCCCGAGAUUCGGCCAUCAAAGCUCAGACAGCGCUACAUGAACAGAAGACGCUCCCUGGGGUAAGUCUUGGCUCUUUGGAGUCGCUGUGGGUGUGCUCCAGAGACUCCUCAACGGAGGUGUAUUUUGCUCAGAGAAGCGCAGUUUCGCACCUUGCCUUGAAGUGAGAAAGCAAAUGUCAGUCUGUGCCUUCCAAUAAGUGUGUGAAUGCUUAAAGGGGCCAGGGGGGAAUGUAGGAAUGGAUUUAGGCACUGGGAGAGGAUAUAUUAUUCUGUUAUCAUCCUUCCUUGCACAUGUGAGCGAGAUCAGCAGAAUACCAUCCUUUGCAGCUUAGACAAGGUUAAUUGAACCUUCUAGAAGCAAUAAUCCAAGAUUUUCCCUGGUAUUUCCCCCUUUCUCCCAAUUAAAAAGAACAACCUCUCUCUCUCUCUCUCUCUCUCUCUCUCUCUCUCUCUCUCUCACACACACACACACAUGCACUGUUCUGUGAAGAGGUAAAAGUAGUAUUUACCGUAUUUUUUGCUCUAUAAGACUCACUUUUUCCCUCCUAAAAAGUAAGGGGAAAUGUGUGUGCGUCUUAUGGAGCGAAUGCAGGCUGCGCAGCUAUCCCAGAAGCCAGAACAGCAAGAGGGAUUGCUGCUUUCACUGCACAGCGAUCCCUCUUGUUCUUCUGGCUUCUGAGAUUCAGAAUUUUUUUCCCUUGUUUUCCUCCUCCAAAAACUAGGUGCGUCUUAUAGUCUGGUGCGUCUUAUGGAGCGAAAAGUACGGCACUUACAUAACCGAGGCCUUGAAGUAGCAGCAGUCCUAGGUGCUAAAUGAAGGCAGGUUUAAAAGUAAAGGUAAAGGGACCCCUGACCAUUAGGUCCAGUCGUGGCCGACUCUGGGGUUGCAGCGCUCAUCUCGCUUUACUGGCCGAGGGAGCCGGCGUACAGCUUCCGGGUCAUGUGGCCAGCAUGACUAAGCCGCUUCUGGCAAACCAGAGCAGCGUACAGAAACGCCGUUUACCUUCCCGCCAGAGCAGUACCUAUUCAUCUACUUGACUUUGAUGUGCUUUCAAACUGCUAGGCUAGCAGGAGCAGGGACCGAACAACGGGAGCUCACCCCGUCACUGGGUGCAUUUUAGUUCAAAUUUCUCCUAAUAAACACUAAUAGGAGAGAUUUCAAGAUGGCUGCCGAAUGCUUGAAGCAGGGUUUUGAGCUCUAAGGCCAACUCUAAAGCAAGUUUCUGCUCUAAGGCAUUUGUUUUUAUCUUCUAUUUUACUUCUUAACUCCUUUUAGUGCUUCGUUUUGUUGUUUUAAUUUAUUGUUUUAUCUCAUUGUUUUAUUGUUCUAAUUCGGAAGCGGCGUCUCUUCCUCUCGAGGCUGGACGAGGUAAGACGCAUUUGCCGGAGUUCAUUUCGAAUCCUCCCUAAAAUUUGUGCUGCGGCUCCCAGCCUUUCAAGUUUUUGAUGAAGAUUGUAUCAGGUUGUUGGAGCCCAUGCCAGGAGUUCACAUUGCUAAGAACUGUAAAGCCCGCAUCGUAAAUCAGCUUUAAUGAGCAGAUAAUUGCAGUCUCCGGCAGCCUUGGAAGCAGCCUUCGACUUACUGGUUUUCUGCUAGCUCACAUCCAGCUGUAUUUUUACUUCUACUACCUUUUAUUAUCUUUUAAGCACUGCUAUUUUAAAAGACUCAUAAUGAUGGGCCAAGGCAAACGCCUAAGGGAUUGUGACGAGACUCUGCCCUCCCCAAGAGCCAAACAAUUAAAAAUCGAUCCCCGUGUCUGACAAACGGAGUGACCCCAUUGAACCUGCUAUAGGGUGAAAACUCAGAACCGUUUCUACCCUCUAAUGUCUCCAGAAACAACGUCAACACCAGAGGAAUUAUUUUUCCCCCAGACUAAAACUGUGGACGGCAAGCUUGGAGGAAGAGGGAGUGUCCCAUUGAGGGUGGUGCAGGACGCUGGAACUGAGGACUGCGCAAGACAAGAACAACAUGAACAUCUCCAUCUUGUGGUCAGAACCCUUAAUUGCAUAUUCAAGAAGAUUGAUGUGCUAGCCUCCCAGCUAUGUAACCUCGAACAGAAAAUGGAUAACUUCUGGUCAAAGUUCAAACCAACUGUAGAUAGGGGGAAUUGAAGUGCCAGAGGUCCUUGCCUUCUACUAAAAAAGAAGUGUGAUCCCUAAAUAUAAACCAAAUCCUGCACUGAAACAUCAAGCAUUGUCCCUGCAACCUAAGAAAAUCUGCCUAAACAUCGGGGCAGGGUCACCAAGGUGGCUUACUCUGAGUGGGGUUAAAAGCACCUAAGCAAUCUCCUAAACAUAGAAAUCUCACAAUGUGAUCUCAUUGCAGUAUUACCUUUGAACCAGCACCUCGGGCAACAGAAAGUGAUGCUUGCGUUUUACUCUCCAAGGAUCCCUUCAGCUAUCAUCAGGCAGAAACCACUCUUGGCAAGGUACGAUAUCAUCCCAACAAGAGUUUUUAUGGAUAGCAUGAUCCACCCCCUCCUACUUGCUGGUCACGGUACGGAGUGGACUCUGUCGGAGAGGUCGGGAGUACCUCGGGACAUCGAGCCUCCUCUUCUGGAGGAUAUCCAUCCGCACCGAAACUGGACUCACCCUACGUCCCCACGAGCUCUAAAGAAACCCACUGGCGCAAGUAAUUCUCUGACCCCGCCGGAGGAAAGAGAGCUUUUAGCCACUUUUGGCGACCUUCCACCGAGAGAACAACAAGAAAUAAUUGAUAGACUAGAAGUACUUAAUCAUCAGCUCAUACACGUCCAGAAGAACGGAAAAGUCCUGCCCACUCUUCAGGAUAACUCCGCCAGCUUUUCGGAGUCGUGGUUUAAGGGAGCAGGAAGUCUUCCAUACCUUAGUCCAGCUCCUAAACCCAUGCCUCCCCCACUCGUGGGCAAAACCCACCGAUGCUUGGUAGAACCAGGUUUUGCCCCUCAAGCUGGCCCCUCAUCCCAACUCUUGAUAAAUUUUGACUCGCCCUCCAAGAGUCCCCCGCUGAGGAGUGUAACCCAGAGUUCCUUCCACCAAAACAACUCCUUACCAUCUAAUCCAUCAAUGCCGGAACUGGAGUCCUCAUACUCCCUGAGCAGCAUAGACCCGACAUACAGCCGGUACCAGUACGCCGAACAUCCCCUGUACCUUUGCCAGCAUUAG